UGCGGGCGGGAGACGCUCUAGCCGCGCGCCGGAAGCAGCGGCGACCCACGGGACUUCCGGCCUGGCUGUCUCGCUGCUUCGCUCUCUGUUCCGCGCCGGGCGCCGAGAUGCGCGUGGAGAAGUGCUACUUCUGCUCCGGCCCCGUCUAUCCGGGCCACGGGCUCCUCUUCGUCCGCAACGACUGCAAGGUGUUUCGGUUUUGCAAGUCAAAAUGCCACAAAAACUUCAAGAAGAAGCGGAACCCAAGGAAGGUGAGGUGGACCAAAGCCUUCCGGAAAGCAUCUGGGAAAGAGCUGACCGUGGACAAUUCAUUUGAGUUUGAGAAGCGGAGAAAUGAACCUCUGAAAUACCAACGAGAACUUUGGAACAAGACAGUGGAUGCAAUGAAGAGAGUAGAAAAGAUCAAGCAAAGGCGGCAAGCCACAUUCAUCAUGAACAGGCUGAAGAAGGGGAAAGAGCUGCAGAAAGCACAAGACAUCAGGGAGGUCAAGCAGAACAUUCACCUCCUCCGGGCUCCACAUGCAGGCAAAACCAAAGAGUUGGAGGAGAAGAUGGUCCAGCAAUUACGGGACACCAUGGAGGUGGAAGACGCCUCCUAGAGAGUCUUUCUGUUGGAGCCUGAGUGUUUGUUUUCCUUUCUGUGUCCGUGAAGUGUGAGAAGUGUUGCUUGUCUCUCUUUUCUGCUCUGGCCCCACCUAGGGCAGGUGUGAGAGACGCAUCUCCGAAUUCCAUUGCAGUUGGCUCUCCAUGGUGGGGGGAGUAAAAUGGCUGCUGUGAAGAUGGUGUUUUCCUACCAGAUUUUUCUGUAGCUUAGUUAAUUCAAAUCCAGUGAGAUGAAUGGUGCAUCAAAUAAAGCAUUCUGCAGGAGAACUUCUGUGCUGGAGUAGACUUGCCUGUUGCAACCAGCUGAUCAUUCAAGGAAUAUGUUUGUGAAGUGAUGCUUGGCACCCUUCUCCUUUGGCCUUAUUACAUUCAGCCUGCUGUUGUCCUGUGGUUAAAGAAAUAUUCACACACACCCCUCAUGGAGCUGCUGUGUAACAACUGAACAGGGGCAUUAAGUACAGGGAGCAGUUCCCAUGCAGGAAUUUCCAACUCGGUGGUCUCCAAUGCCUGUGGCAGCUGUUCCUUUAGGUCCCAGUAAUUAAGAUAUCUUUUGGGGGAGGCAGCUGAGUUUCUUAGGGAAAUAACACAUCCUGCUGCUCAGUGUGUGUGUGAUUGACAGCUACUAAACCCUAUGGAUGUCGGGCAUUAUUUUAACUUUACCGCCCUUGGCCAAGUGGACCAUUGUGUACAGGAAUGAGCACUUGACCACAGGGGGUGGUAGCACAGAAAGGGAUGUGGUGCAGAGGUUUUGAUGAUGAGGCAUGAGCUCUGUGGAACCAACAAUUCACAACAGUUUCAUCGAAGUAUAAUAUUAAAUGUCUUUGAAAAACCUCCCCGCCAUUGCCCAAAGUUCUUUUGGAAUUGGCUGUUUUAAGCAUUCAUUUUUUGCUGUUCUGAGAAAUCCUAAACCUUGCUGAUGCUGUUCAAACAAAGGUGAAUCUCUGUGUGUGCUGACUUUUUUUAUGCAGUCUGCUUAACAACAAACAGCUAAUAGCUGCACUCUCCUUAGAGAGCUGAAUUGUGGACUUCAGUGUGCCUUCACUGCACCCAUGUCACUGGUCUUGUGAUCCUGGUGGACGGGCAAGGCCAAGAGGUGCUGGCUGCUAGGCCUGUCUUUGCAGCAUGAGAGGGCUUUCAGGGUGCAGAGUUCCAUGUGCCGUAAACCACAUUCUGCACUGUAAUCUUGGCUUUUCUAAUCCUCGAACUCCCCUUUUCUUGACACGCACACUAGAGCUGUGGCUGUUGCAAUGGCAGCAGAGGUGGGGGCUUUCGCAUCCUUUGGGCUCCUGCGUAGAUGCAGGGAGGAGUUGUAAUUAAGGGAGGAAGUAUUUGGAAGAACAGGUUUUUCCUGUCCAGGUUUUAGCCUUAGCCUUCAUCCUCUCCCAAUGGAGAAGAACCGUGUUGCUUAUUCUUCCUUUCUGCCUCCCCCCACCAUCUACUUAGCCACGGCUUGGAGGGUUAGCAUCAGCAGGUUAGCCAGAGAGCUCUCCAGGCCCCCACCUCCGUGUGCAAGUGGGAAGCAGCCACCCUGUGGGAGGAUGCUUUUCCCAUGUGGCUCAGCCAGUGCCUGGGACACUGAGGCCACAGGAAGGUAGAAUUGGCCCCAGCCCAUCCUCAUGCCCCUCAGCCAGUUUGGGGCAUGCAGGAGAGCUGGCUGCCUUGCGGAUGCUGUGAGCCCCCCCUUCAUCUCUGUUGCUCAGAUUGCUUCGUAGUGCUGAUGAACAGAAAUCUCGCAGCACUUUUGGGAGGAGCCAGGUAACCCCACCCUUUAGGAAGUUAUAUCACUGGUAAACAGGUACAUGGCAUAUUUCCCAAAUAUCCCUUAAAGGGAACAUGCAGGUUUGUUUAUUCUAACAUCUAUAUGGUUGUUGACACUCUCAAAGAACUCUAGUAGAUUAGUUAGACAGGACUUACCCUUGCAGAAACCAUCGUGAUUCUGCUUUAGCAAGGCUUGUUCUUCUAUGUGCUUGGUUAUUUUACCUUUAACAAUACUGUUCCAGGACAGAUGGUAUGGUAACUGGUCUGUAAUUUCCAGGAUCCCCCCUGGGUCCCUUUUGAAAUAUUGGUGUUACACAGGCCUCUUUCCAGUCCUCAGAUAUGGAGGCGGAUCUAACGGUCAAUCUAUGGUUAAGGGUUUCCAAACAUUGCUGUUAGGAAAUCAGCAAUUUUACAUUUUUUUUUAGAAUUCUCGGGUGGAUGCAAUUGGGGACUGGUGAUUUGUCAGUUUUUAUUUUGUCUCUUGUCAUGAUUAUCUGCCUCAGCUCCUCAGACUCCCCUUCCUGCAAAAAUUUGUUCAGGCACAGAGAUCUGCCCUAUAUUCUCCAUUGAUGCAAAGAAUUGAUUCAGCUUCUCUGCAAUCUCAUUUACCCUGCUUUAGGCACAUUUUUUACUCCCUUCUCAUCCAAGGGUCCAACUGGCUUCUUGCUGCUAAGAGCUGCUUGCUGCUUUCACUCUGAUCAUUAACUUUGGUGGCAACUUCUUGGCCCUGGUGGUAUCUGUGGUAUACAUUCCAGAUGAGCUUCCGGUGUUAUGUUUUUAACCAACUCCAUAGCAUAUUGGAUUUUUUGACCCUCUGGACUUUGUUUUUCAUCUUCCUUUUUACCAUUACCCUCUGUAGGGACAAAUAAAUCUGCAAGACAUCUAGAUGUAAUGAGGAGGCGUAGUGUGGCAUGCCCCAUUCCCCCUGUCCCAUAAUUCUUCUCAUACCCCUGAUCUAUAGGGCUGUUUAUUACUUUGUGGACUUCUUGCAAAGUACAGGAGUCUGAGAAAGCUCUGUGCAGGAAUUUGCAGGCUUUCUAUCUCUGUUUAGGACAAAAAGCUGGGAACAUGCUUUUUCACUCUGCCUAUGCUGAAACCAGAGGCUGGGAAAAGGCUGUUUAAUUAGUUGAAACAAACCUUAGAUGAGCUCGUUAGGGGGAAUGCUUUCACAUACAUUGGCAGGGGCGGUGGAAGGCUUCACAGCUGUGCUCUCAUGCUAACCUGUAACAACUUCAAGGCCACUGAGGGGUAAACAAAAGUCAGAAGUGUGAGACCUAAAGAUCUGGGAAAGAUAAAAAUCUCACAGGUAUGGGUACCACCUGUGCUCCCUCCCAGAGGGUCUUUUUGGUAUAAAUAAAGGGCCCUAGAUCUGGGCAGAUUAGCCUCAACACAGGCCUGAAGGGAAGUGUGUGAAGUAAAUCCAAAUGGGGCAUAAAGGGGAUCUCUUGCUGUUUCUGUCAAAACCAACAGCUUUUGCUUCAAUAAAGCACUAAAUUUUCUUUC